ACGUGACCGACUUCCGCCUGGAGUUUUCGCGACAGCUGGAGAGCGGUUGUGCCGCGAGAGUAUCAGGGUCGAAUUUCUAAACACUUUAAUUACUGCUACAUCCUUUUAAAAUGGGCGAUAAGAAGAGUCCGACCAGGCCAAAGAGGCACUGCAAGCCGCCGUCUGAUGAAGGCUGCUGGGACUGUAGCGUCUGCACUUUCAGGAACACCGCCGAGGCGUUCAAGUGCAUGAUGUGCGACGUUAGGAAGGGAACAUCCACACGGAAACCUCGUGCCGUUUCACAGCUUGUGGCUCAGCAAGUACCGCCGCAGUUCGCUUCACCCACACAACCCAAAAAAGAGAAGAAGGAAAAGACGGAGAAGGACAAAAACGACAGGGAGCCAACAAUGAAAAAGAACAGCCACAAAAAGAUGAGACCAAGGUUAAAAAACGUUGACAGAAGCAGUGCACAGCACUUGGAAGUCACAGUGGGAGACCUGACAGUCAUCAUCACAGACUUUAAGGAGAAAGCAAAGCCCUUAUCCUCCUCCACAAGCUCAUCCUCCUCCACAGCCACGUCAGCAGACCUGCGCAGCCAAAGUGGAUCCAGCUCGGAUAACACUGAGAGAGCAGUCUCCAGGUCAUCUUCUCCUCGGGGUGAAGGCUCAUCAGUCAACGGAGAAGAACACUAGCCUCUGAUAAGCCUUGCGUUUUACUGAAGGUCAAAAGAUUUUCCCAUACAUAUCCCCACUCCUUUUUUGACUGGACUGGAUGGGGCAUGGAGAUUUCCCACAAACAGUCACUGCACUAAGAUCAUAGGAAGGUCUCAGAUGAGUAGCAAGAAAUUAUUAUACUGCCCAUGUAAAGCAACCAUCAGUGUGAUUUAAGAAUAAUGUUUUAGGGACUGUUUGAUCUAAUCCUUUCUAAACUCAUGGAACAAGUUGCUGGCUCAAGGACAAUUACUGAUGUGUGUCUGGAAGUAAAGAGAAUGUACUAUGUGGUACUUUCCAAGUUCUAUUUUACCUGCCUGGGAAUUUAAAAAGAAGAAGAAGAAGGAAUGGGAUGAAAUUAAGGGUCAAGUGGUCUUAGAUCCAGGAAAAAAACUAAAACAUUGGGACUGAGCUUGAGCUCCUGUAAUCAAGUAUAUGGCCACAAUAUUGAGAUGUUCAACAUUGAUGGUAUUAUUCCGUCUUUAAUAAGGAAUACUUUGGUAUGAGUUUCACAAAAGUGGAAAGUUUACAGAAAAUAAAUGUGAAGAGUUUUAAGUGGGGAUGCAUCAGUACGGUUACAGGUACAGUGGAACCUUGGAUUACGAGCAUAAUUUGUUCUGGAAGCGGGCUCGUAUUUCAAAACACUUGUAGACCAAAUCGAAUUUUCCCAUAAGAAAUAGUGGAAACUUCACAAUAUUCGUUCCACAGCCCAAAAAAGUAAAUACAUAAAAAUAAUUAACACAAAAUAUAAAGUAAAAGUAAAACAAAUUAACCUGCAUCUUUAAAAAAAAUAAAUCCCGAAAGAUAAGUGUUUCCGUUUGUGCGCGCAGGCACUCUGUAUGUGUCUGUGAAGCUAAAGUAAGGAGCCCCUCCCCUCUCCCCCUUAUCGUUUUACACAGUUACCCUUCUUCCAUUGUUUUCACACACUUGUGCGCACACAUGAAAACACUGUUUUAUCGGAAAAAAUAAACCUGAAAUCUCUCUAAUGACACUCGAUUGAGCGACACACUAACGGAAUCACAAGUCAAAAUAACUUUACAGCACACGGUGUCCAAUGACGCGUGCAUACAGACACAGAGCAGGCUGAUACAGAGAGAGAAAAUUUAUUUUUACCCUCUCUAAAGAGACUUGCUUUUAAUUUACAUGUGCGCUGUACCCACACGCAUGGUCACAGUUUUAUGGUAACAGUACACGCGUGCAUGGCCGUUGAUUAUACCAGUAAGAGAUGAGCACUAAGACCCAGCAGGCGAGACGAUUACCCACAAUUCCGCAGCGGAAAUGGGAGAAAAAAUGUUGGCUUAGUUGUGUUCACGUGACGCUCGGCGAACACUCGCACACUGCGUUCCUCCCAAUCCGAGGUUUCACUGUAUUGUGUAAUGCCUUAAUACUAUGCUCAUUUAGAAAAAGAAAAAUCAGUGUAUGUAUCCAGUAGCAUGUAAUAAAUGCCUAUGCUGCCAUGCCUAUGAACAGACAACAUAAAAAUAAUGUUAUCUAAUAUUAUUUUAUGGUUAAGCCAUAAAUGAAAAAACACAGCUAAUGAUGCUCUGAAAGAAUCAAAACAGCAUCUUCCUUCAGUACAAAUAACCAGAUAAACUGAGAUAAAACAUUCUCAUUUAAACAGUGCGCAAGUCUAGCCGACGUGCACAUGCAGAGCAUUAUAAGCAAGCGUGCUCAUUAAACAUAACUGCAGGGUAUUGUGAUUUGCGCGCACACAAAGAUCUGCACAAGCAUGGAGCAGUGAAACUGACACACAUGAGACAUGAGCACUUCAAAUCUAUGAGCACUGAGACAUGUACCUUUUCUUACCCCUCACUCGCCAGGUUUGCUUGUGAGGCAAGGUACAAUUUACAGCACCUUGUCCUACCUUUAAUGACCUCUUUCUGAUGCUUAGGUUAGGCACCACCCUCAGAGACACAACCAACAUGAACAAGACAAAAAAAAGAUAAUCCAUGAUGCAGCAUUAAAACUGAGUAUGUUACUCGUUUGAUACCACUAUCGGUAUUGCCGCAUCUUCCAGAAACUUGUACCCGGUAUAAAAAACAACAAAAAAAAAAAAAAACGUAUUGAUGCAUCCCUAGUUUUAAGUAAUGAUUUGUGGCUAUACAUGAUUCUACACAGUUCCUGGAGUUGUUUUCAUAUUUUUAAAAAAUGUCCGCUAGUUACUUUAUCAAAUAUUACAGUUAAUUACAGAGUUUUAUAAAAAUUUUUGCUAUACUGCUUCUCACUUUACUACACUGCACAUGUGAGAUAAAAGGCUCAAAAACGAGACCUCCUUGCCAGGGCUACUGUUGUUGAUCAGCUUGUAAACCUGAGGUGUUAAGGGGUUUUCCACCACUGUGUUCUUUUUGUCCAUAGUCAGCAUGUGUUUUUAAAAUCCGAUAACAUACAAACAGGUGUGUAUCCUUGCAUUCAUGCUGGGUGCUGAAAAGGGUUGAUAUACAGUACUGUAUAUGUGUUUAUCUGCCCUGCACUGUGUGUUAACCCCAGAAUAUUUUAGUCAUGCUCCCCCAACACUCAUACUUCUGCAAUAUGAACUUUAAAAGCAUUUUUUUAAAAAGAUAAUUAUAUUGGAUAAAGUGCUUGAUAGGAAACUGUAGAACUAUUUUCCGUGUUUUUUGUGUCUGUAAAGAAGCAGUUUGAAUUAAAAGUGCUUAAUUUUUUUGUGUGUGUAGGGAGGGGGGUCAAGAAAAGCCAUGUUUCUCAUACAGGAUUAAGUAUAUGAAGUCCUUUAUACAUUUUGCAUAAAGGAUUUAUAAAGAAUUAAGUACGUUGAAUGAACUGUGGUUCUUUUCGAUUGAGAUUUAUAUUACAUUUCCAAAUAAAAAGGCAAAAUGUUUUGAAGUGUCCCAGA